AUGGAGGGGGGAAGUUCUCGUUCUCGAUCGAGGUCCAGAAGGAAUUCUGUUGGUGCAUCCUUCCUUGACCUACCAAUAAACUCAGAUACUGCAUCUGAUGAGGCUAAUGCACCGAAUUUAGAUCGAAUAUCGCGUUUGCAACCGCCGGUUAUGACAUUUUCCGCUGCAGAUGACGACGAUGACAAAAAAGGGCUUAUAAUAGAAGAAGAAUCGUUACGAUCAUUUAACCAAGAUCCAUCAACUGAUAGCUUAUUAAAUGCUAAUUCGAUAAGUGGUGGUUCAAACAUGCUAUCUAUUACUGACGAUGAUUUACAAGAUUUCAAACAUUUACAAGACGAUGUGAAGAACAUUCUAGGUGGGGACACUUCCCAAUGGUUACGGAAACCUACAUCAGACGGCCACUCAGAAAGAAGUCGAAGCACACGUGGAUCAAGAAGGUCAUCCAUCCACGAAACCGCUCCUGUUGCCAGGGAUCAUAGCUCUGAUCUAUUUACUGAUGAUUAUGAACUUCAAAGUAUUCCUAUUGGAACUGAUACACCCUCAGUGAAUGCUUUCGGUUAUCAUUCAUCCUAUCAGACAUCGACUGGUUCGAUUCAUUCAAAUCACACUCGAAAUCAUGACGACGUAGGUUCUGCUCCGACAGAUACGUAUGACAAUACUAUUAAUGAUGAAGAAGAUGACGAUCCCGGAAUAGAUAGAACUAUAGAGAGGCAUCUUCAAUUGUACGGGAAAUCCUUAGGGUUUAUUUCACCAGACAACCGUUGGAGAUUGAAAUGUGCCUCAAUUCUUCUGAAAACAUGGUACAAAGCUUUCUCUAUGCUUGUCCUAACUCUCUAUACUAUAUUUCUAGCCCAUAGUGUAUUUUUCGGCAGCACAGCAUCAGGCGAAAAGGAUUUCAGUGCUCCAUCGUCAGUUUUUUCUUACGUUGCCACUUUGAUAUUCAACAGCUUCUUCACUUUUGAACUCAUUGCCAAGGUCAUUGCUUUUGGAUUCUGGAACGAUUCUGAUUUAAUGAAUGCAAUAGGAAAGAACUAUGUUUCAUUUUGGGAUGUAACUGGAAUAAGGAAAUUUUAUAGAUUCUUGGAGACUCAUUACUCUUCAAAAUUUAUUCACAGCAUUAUACCAAUCAGAGCACUAUUCCAAGAAACCAUAGACGAAAAAAAGUCAGCGGCUCUCAAAAGUUCUGUCACUGUUGCAGACUUUAGAAAUGUUAAAUCUCCCGUCGAUAUACCUAGAGCAUUUACUAGAAGUAGUUGGGGAAGACUUGAAUUGUUGUCGACGAUUUCUGCUUGGCUUGCAUAUGGCUUAAGUAUUAACGAUUAUGAUGAUGUACACGGGUUGAGAUUAUUCAGGUCUUUAAUGGCAUUCAGAAUUCUCAAACUUGUGGAUUUGGACUCUGGUUUAGUUUCUAUCUUAAGAGCCUUGAAAUACGGAAUACCAGAACUUCUAAAUGUCGGUUUUAUGCUUCUAUAUUUCUGGGUUUUCUUUGGAAUUCUAGGUGUGCAAACAUUCAAAGGAUCUUUGAAGAGGCAGUGCGUGUGGUUCAAUCCAAAUGAUCCAUCUGAUUAUUAUCAGUAUGACAUGCAGUUUUGUGGAGGAUAUUUAAAUGCGGAAACACUUGAGCCAAUGAAGUAUGUGUUUGCGGAUAAUAGUGAAGGACCAUUAGCUAAGGGAUUCUUGUGUCCAGCCAACUCCAAGUGCAUUUCGAAUGCAAAUCCGUACAAUGGAAGAAUCAGCUUUGACAAUAUUGUUAAUUCUAUGGAAUUAGUUUUCGUGAUAAUGAGUGCUAAUACCUUUACUGAUCUAAUGUACUUCACGAUGGAUACAGAUAAUAUGGCAGCCUGCUUAUUUUUUAUUGUUAGCAUACUAUGUCUCACGGUCUGGAUGGUCAACCUUUUAAUUGCUGUCCUUUAUUCGUCCUUUGAAGUUGUUCAUGAGAAGUAUACCAUAGAUAAAUUUUCCACUCAAGAUAAUUACCUUGUGUUUAAUGUGAAAAGAUUGGCACAUCUAAUCAAAAGUAAAUCAGACACAACAAAAUCACCUGCAUGGGCAGAACGAGGAAUUAGGCUUUACGAAAAAUUGGAAUGGUUUUUUGUUCUUGCAAUUUUUACCAGUAUUUGUGCACUUGCUUCAAUGAAGAGUCACAGUUCCGAUCAAUCAGCUCAGGAUAUAUUCAGCGUUAACCAAAUCGUUUCUUGUAUUCUUGUGGUUGAAACAAUAUUACGGCUAAUUUUAUACUGUAAAACUCCAUGGAAAUUUUUAGCGAAGCCUAAUUAUGUUUAUGAUUUUAUUAUUUCAAUCAUUUGCGCUGUUCUUUCGUUCAAUAGCUUGCGUAUAUCUUUGGGACAGACUUCUGCAUGGCUAUUGUUCUUCCCAAUUUCAAGAUUCUAUAGAGUUGUCAUACUGUUCAGUGUGACGAGAAAUUUAUGGAAAAAGGUAUUGAAAAACGCAAUAGUUAUAUGGAAUUUAUCUGCCUUUUACUUCCUAUUCGUGUUCUUGGCAUCAUUAAUCGUGUUGCUAUACUUCGAUGGAACUCUAGAUGCCGAUGAUAUGGAAGACACUCCAUUUGGAUUCUACUCUUUACCUAACGCCUUUCUGACCCUUAUUAAAAUCGCAUCAACUGAAAAUUGGACAGAUUCACUUUACGCACUCCAAAGAGAUUCUCCUACUUUAUUUUCGGCAUUGUUUGGUUCAGUUCUACUUAUUCUAUGGUUCAUUCUCUCAAAUUUUGUUGUUCUUAACGUAUUCGUUGCUGUAAUAGCGGCAAGUUUUGAUAUUGAAGAAGAGGAUAAACGUUUGCUGCAAAUUAAACAUUACUUAAAGGUCACUUAUCCGGAAAGAAUCAGAGAGUUUUCCGUGGUACCUUUGCUUGAGCGUAUCAGAAGAAAAUUUUUGCGUAAACCGCAAAUUGAUGAUUCUGAGGACUUCAGGCAAUUUUUAUUCAGAGGUACUGCUAUUCUGAGUAUUGCUCAGAAUUACGAAGGAUUCAAUAUGGAUCUUUCAGAAGAUAAGGAUCAUCAGUUUGCCGAUAGGAACGUCAAAUCGUCAUUUUGGAACAGAAUUCUAUGGAGAUUAAAGGCACUUAACUUUUACAAAACGAAUCCUUUUUUUAAAGAUCCGAAGGUGGUUUUUGUUCAGUCUGAUGAUACAACCCCAUCGAACAGGAAAUACACAUUGAAACUGAACGAUUGGGAAGAGGAAAAGCUUAGAUUUUUGAAGCAGCAUCCGAACUUCAAUAACACGUACUUCAUAUUUCCACCAAAUCAUGCUCUUAGACGAUUUUGCCAAAGACUUGUACCUCCUAGUUACGGGAAGAGGACUAACAAUAGAGUUUUUUUUGAUGAUACUACCAAUAAAGUCGGUCAAAAGAGAUUCUUCUAUAAUAUUGAGAAAGACAUUUUUGUGUUUGUGACGUUUGUUGCUACCUUGUUGAUGGUUAUUUAUUCAUGCUAUGUUACACCGUUAUAUCGCAUGAAUCACAACAAAAAAUGGAAUUGGACUACUUAUUUUGAACCGGUCUUUGUUCCAUUGUUCACAAUAGAAUUUUUGGUAAAAACUAUUGCAGAUGGGUUCAUUUACACACCUAACGCUUAUUGCCUGAAUCCUUGGAACAGGAUAGAUUUAGUCGUAUUAAUUGCACUAUGGAUCGAUUUUUUUGCGUGGUUAUUAGGAAACGGGGAAUUGGCAAGAAUUAUCAAAGCUGUCAGUGCUUUAAGAGCACUUAGAUUUUUGACAAUUAGUAGUAUGGCAAGAAUGACCUUCAAACAGGUCAUGUUUGAUGGCCUGACGUAUAUUUUUGGUGCCUGCGCAGUUGCGUUUAGUAUUUUGUUUCCAUAUACAGUAUGGGGUCUUAAUGUAUUCCGUGGUAGACUUGGGGUCUGCAAUGAUGGUGAUUUGUCCUAUGGAGAAUGCUACAAUGAAUUCACAAAUCAAGUGUUCCACUGGGACAUUUUAAUGCCCCGUACAUAUGCUGAUCCCAUAUUGCACCUCAAUUCGUUCUCAAGUGCUUUUAGAUCGAUGUACGAAAUUGUAUCUCUUGAAGGUUGGACAGACUUAUUGCAAAAUAUGAUGAGUAGCACUGGUGUAGGAACUCCCGCAGAGUUAUUUGCAUCGCCAUAUAGUGGAAUCUUCUUGAUUUUAUUCAAUUUCCUCAGCAUGGUUUUCAUCUUGAAUAUCUUUGUUUCAUUUAUUGUAGGAAACAAUGCAAGAAUGAAAGGUACGGCAUAUUUAACUCUGGCAGAGAAAUCAUGGCUCGAAGUAAAGAGAUUGCUGUCACAAGUGUGCCCUGAUCCGAUGCCAAACGUUUUCAAGAUGAAUGCAGUCAGGAGAAUUUGUUACUUGUGGGCAGUGGAGAAGCGAAAUUUCUACUUCUCAGUCUUGAUGCAGUUCAUGUUGUAUUUGCAUAUUUUAACACUUUUAAUGUCCAAGGAUCAACCUUAUGGGAAACUGCCAACGAAUCAAAAUAUUCAAUUUAUGGUUACCACAUCAUUUUUACUCAUUCAAGAAGUCAUGCAUAUAUACGGGAAAUCAAUGCGGCUAUAUGCAAGAAAACGUUGGAAUAUAUUUCGUUGUGUCGUUGUGAUGUUUGCAUUUGCAACUAAUAUAUAUGAACUCAUUGUCGAUCAUGUCGUGGUGGGUAUUUCCAAUGCGCGUGAUGUUUUCCAGUUGGGAAUCUUCCUUUUAGUGAUUCCUCAGAAUGAUACUUUGAAUGAAUUAAUGAACACAGCUACUGCGAGUUUACCAUCUAUUUUCUCAUUGGUUUAUACAUGGUUCAUUUUGUUCCUUGUGUAUGCUAUUGCCUUAAAUCAAGUAUUUGGAGUAACAAAAUUAGGUCCUAAUACCACGGGGAACAUUAAUUGUAGAACGGUGACGAAAUCUUUGAUUUUAUUGUUUAGAUGCAGUUUCGGUGAAGGUUGGAACUAUAUCAUGAAUGAUUUGACAAUAGAAGAACCAUUUUGUUACUCUGAAGCUGAUGGAAGCUAUACUGAUUGUGGUUCAAAAGCUUUCGCGUAUGCUUUACUAAUGUCCUGGAAUAUAAUUUCCAUGUACAUUUUCGUUAAUAUGUUCGUUUCCUUAAUCGUAGAAAAGUUCAGCUACGUCUAUCAUAGAGAGGAAAAUAAGCACUCACCAGCAAGCCAAGAAGAAGUGAGGAAAUUCAAAGUGGCAUGGAGGGAAAUUGAUCCUGAUGGUGUAGGGCAAUUUGAUGUCGCGUACUUACCAAAAUUCAUGCACUCGUUUGAUGGACCCCUCUCGUUUAAAAUUUGGGAGGGAAGACUUACUGUUAAGAGUUUGGUGUCUAAAUACAUGAAAGUAAACCCAAACGAUCCAUAUGAUGUUGAAAUUGAUCACUUCGGACUCAGCAAAGAACUUUCCUCUAUAGACUAUCAAAAAGUGAACGCCAGACGACUAGAUUAUAACAGAUUUGUCCAUGAAAUUCAGCUGGGAAAUAAGAGAUACAACGCCGUGCAGUUCAAUCAGCUGAUGGAAACAGUUCCAUUGUACACUACAUAUAACAAGACUGAAUGUCUUGGGAUCGAUGAUUAUGUGAAAAAUUUAUACGACAUGAACAAAGUUGAUAAACUGAUCCGGAACGAGAGAAACUACGAUACCAUGCUAAUGGUUGUCGCAAGAUGGAAAUUUUUACUGAACCGUAGAGGCAAGAUACAACUACCUAAAAUAAUGGUGCCAAUAUCCUCUUAUCCAAACGGAUCCACUGAAGAUUUCGAGCUUGAGUUUAAGUCACCUGUUUUAAAUACCCAGGAAUCAGAGUUUAUGUGGUCGCCAGGCCGUCGCAACAAUCACUGGUUUGAAGAAGAUGAAAGUAGCUCAAAAGAAAAUACAUCUCGAACUCUGAUCAAAGACACAUCUACCAAACCAGGAACAACCGACUCAUCCUCAUCAUCAUCUUAG